AUGGAUGCCCUUGAAGAUGUUGGACUAAAUAAGGAAGAGUUGGAGAAGAAAUUGGUGGGGUUUGGUUGUGAUGGAGCUUCUAUUAUGGUCGGGAAAAAGGGGGGCGUUUCAGCAUAUUUAACCCGUUUACAGCCUAAUUGCAUCACCGUGCAUUGUUUUGCUCACCAACUGGAGCCUGCAUUCAAGGAUGAAGUAAAAGAAAACCGUCUCUACGAUAGCUGUAUAGUUCUUCUGAUAGGCUUGUAUUACCUUUACCACAACAGUCCAAAACAGCGCCAAAGUCUGAAGCAAUCCUUUUCGAGCCUAAAGUAG